AUGGCGGCUGCCAUCAAGGCACCACGUCCACCAUCGGCAUCUGUGGCAGCUGCAACCACUGGCAAGACAACGUCCAGUAGAUGUAUCGGAUACGUUGCUAUGGUUCUGCUUUCGGUCCAGUUUGGUCUCCAGCCCAUUCUGUACAAGGAGUUUGCUCGUCAAGCCACGAACCGCACGGUCUUAGUCGUGGGUUGCGAGGCGUUUAAGCUGCUCUUGGCACUGCUCGUUCUCGUGUCAUCGGGCACCAUCGGCCGCGUUGUGACGACGUGGAGGUUACGAGACAGUCUCGUGAUUUCGGGGUUGCCUGCGUGCACGUACGCCGUGCAGAAUGUACUGAUGCAAGUCGCGUACCAGCACCUGCCAUCUAUUGUCGCGAACUUGAUGAACCAGACCAAACUGCUGUCGGCAGCUCUCUUUCUCUACCUUCUUAUGGGCCAACGCUUCUCCAUGCCGCAAUGCAGUGCAAUGCUGCUGCUACUGAGCGCUGCUGUGCUCCUGUCCCUUGCCCAAGACACCAGCAACAGCAGCAGCAGCAAUAAAAACACUACUCCAGACGUGUCUGCUCUGUCGGCCACGUCGUUGCAACUCGGACUGGUGUCGGUGCUUCUCGCUUCGCUGCUCUCGGGCCUCGGGUCGACGCUCACGCAGCGUGCCAUGCAGCACCACAAACGUGAUGCUGCGCUUGUGACGAUCGAGCUCUCGGUCUACGGCAGUUUGUUUCUAGUAGUGCUGCCGGCUACUUGGUCGAUGCUUGUCAAGAUGCCUGGGACCGACUUAGCGGCAGCUCGUACUACGUGGUGGACUCACAUUGACCCGAUCUUUGAGGGAUGCGACUACUAUACACUCAUUCCAGUGGUGAGCAACGCUCUUGGCGGGUUGCUCGUUGGCACCGUCACGAAACACCUCGGCGGUGUGCUCAAGUCAUUUGCACUGAUUGGCGGUAUCGCCUUUACGGCAUUCGUCGAGAGUUAUGCGUACGAUGCAGUGCUGCCGAAGGAAGUGUUCAUCGCAGCUGGUCUUGUUGCCACGAGCAUGGUCAUCUACUCUCGCUUCCCAUAUGUGGACAAAGCAAAGAAGGCCAAGUUGGAAUAG